AAAAAACCCAAUACUUUUUUUUUUUCGCAAUCAUCGCAAAUUCUAAAAUCCACAAUACAUUACAUGCUUCUCUCAUCUAUUCCGUGUCUCUUCGGCCUUAACCCCAAUCGACAUCCUCGCUGGAUCCGUGAAGAUUGUGAAAGCUUUUGCCGAUUCUAGCAAUAGAAUCUUUUGGACGAGGCUGAUCUAUUGAAGGAGGUGAUAUAUGCUGUCUUCAAUGGACACAAACUGCCAGGCAAGUGGCACUAAAGAAAAUGCUCUCCACCUUCACGAUGCCACCGACAAAAGUCAUGUUGGGUAUGCCCAGCCUGCAUAUGUGAGUGGAUGGAUGUACAUCAAUGAACAAGGACAAUAUUGUGGUCCCUAUAUACAAGAACAGCUCUAUGAUGGUCUAUCCACUAGCUUCUUGCCAGAGGAUCUUCCUGUGUAUCCCAUCUUGCAUGGGAAUUUAGCCAAUCCUGUGCCCUUGAAGUACUUUCGGCAAUUUCCUGAUCAUGUUGCCACAGGCUUUGUUUAUUUAAAUGCUUCUGCAUCAAGUAUCAAUCAGAAUUCUGAUAAGUAUCAUGGGAACAUCAGCACAGAUGGUAAGAGAGAAGAGGCCCAUAAAGAUGCAGUUAAUUCCACAUCCACCCAGCAGAUGCAGAUAUCUGAAGCAGCUAACUUGACUUUAUCGCAUCCAUCACUGACAGGUGAAGAAUCAUGCUGGGUUUUUGAAGAUGAUCAGGGAAAGAAACAUGGUCCCCAUUCUCUUAUGGAGCUUUAUUCUUGGCAUCAUUAUGGAUAUCUCCGUGGUUCAGUGAUGGUACAUCAUUCUGAGAGUAAAGUUAAGCCCUGUAGUUUGCAAUCUAUUGUCAGCUCAUGGGUAACUGCUGGACGUGAAAUGGAUCAUUCUAAAUACAAGGGCUCUUUAACGGAUUUUGUUUCUGAUAUCUCUGAGGAGGUCUGCUCCCAGUUACAUUCUGGAAUAAUGAAAGCAACAAGAAAGAUUGUUUUGGAUGAAAUAAUAAGCAACAUAAUUGUGGAGUAUGUGACUGCAAAGAAAUCUGAGAGGCCUCUUAAGCAUGAAGUGUCCAGUCAGAUAGUCAAAACUAUGGAUUUUGCUCCCAGUAAACAAGUAUCUGCUGAAAACCAGGAGUUGGAGGGCUAUUGUGGUGGUGAAGGACUUACUGUUCAUCAUAAGGAUGAAGAGUCCAGGCAGACAGUCAAAACCUGCUUACGCGAUGGCAUAAUGGAAGUGGGGGACUACUCUGAGAGUGAGGGGGCAGCAUCUCUUAGUGUUAACACACAAACAUCCCCUUCAAAUCAUGAUGAGCCUCUUGGAUGCAAGAACUCUAGAAUUUUAGAAGAUUUUUGUGGGGUGCACUCUGAUUUUUGCAAAAAGCUCUUUGAUUCCUGCAUGAGAGCCAUCUGGGAUGCAGUUCUGUAUGAUACAGUAGAAGAUCGAGUAUCUGUCUGGAGGAAGGAAAAACUGGGGUCCAAUGAACUUGUUGAACAUCAGAUUUCACUUGAUGAAUGUCACGAGUUGACUGAGAUUUUACCUGUAGAAGAUGAAGAACAAGAGUCUUCAUCUUCUAGGAAUGAAUAUCCCCCUGGUUUUGAAGAAGUUGUUUCUAAAGCUGAUUGUAUAAAGGAAGAUGAAAGUUGUUAUGACUUGGAACAUAUGACGGAAGGUUUAGAAAAUGAUCUCCAUUUAUCUGCAAGGAUGUCUUUGCAUCAGUAUAUUGAAAAGAUUGUGGAUAAGGAAGUGAGGAAAAAAAGAAAAGCUCAAAUGAAGGAGGUUAAGUUAGCAUCUGGAAUGCCUUCAUCCAGUUGGUUUGCAAAUGCUUUCAAGAAAUUAUAUUCACAUGAAGAUAUUGUUGAGGAGAAUUCUAGAAGCAUUGUUCCGGAAGCAUGCACAUUUCGCCCUUCAAGGGCAAUGGAAUCUAUACCUAAGAUGGAGGUUUAUGUUAUCAUGGCAGCAUGUAGACAGAAGCUGCAUGAUAUUGUUCUCAGGGAAUGGUUAUCCAUAUCUUUGAGUUAUGCUAUUAAUAAACAUAAUAAAUCGGUGUCGGUGAAUUAUGCUAUUAAUAAACAUAAAAAACCGGUGUCGGUGGAUUAUCAUUAUGCUACUAAUAAACAUAAUAAUUCGGUGAAUUAUGGUAUUAAUAAACAUAAUAAGCCGGUGCAAUUGACAAACAAUAGAAGGAAGGAGUCUGUUUCUGCAUAUGACAAAUACAUAGAGCAGUCAAGGAAUGGUCAAAGCUCAAGACCUUCUGAACCAUCUAUUGCCAAUGCAAAUUAUACUUAUUCCCGGUCAAGAAAGUCAACGAAAAGAAAGUUUGCAUCUUUAUCCGGGCAAUUGAGAGCCGAACGAUUGGUCGAGGAUCUAUCUGCUGCUACUAAACAAUAUCACGAUCCCAACUUUCAUGGAGUUCAAUCACCAUAUAAUAGCAGUAUGUCAUUUCAUAAGUCUUUGAAGGUUUCUACUGUAAGUCAAGAUAAUGGCACAAGUGUCCAUGGUGUAAAAUUCAACACACAGAAACAGAAUGUUCCAUAUUUCACUGCGAAUGCUUAUAAUGCUCAAAAGGCUGGUAGUUUGUCCAAAAAUGUUGCAAAAUCACUUAAACUCCGUAAACUAAAGAGGAAGAGCUUGGAUGACGUGGCAGAACAAUGCUCUGUGAAAGUUCCCAAAUUAUCCAUCAGUGGUACCGCUUCCAAGAAAGCAGCAGCAGAUGCUGAUCCAAUUGCUAUACAGAAGAUUCAAAAUAAAAAGUUGAAAAAAUCCAAAACGUAUCCCUUAUCUUUUGGAUGUGCACGUACUUCAAUCGACGGCUGGCAAUGGCAUAAAUGGUCAUUACAUGCAACUGCUUCUGAAAGGGCGUGUGUUCGAGGAAUUUACAAAAAUACCCCUUCAGAGGCACAUUUAUCAAAUGUGAAAGGUUUAUCUGCCAGAACAAACAGGGUGAAAAUGAGAAGCCUUCUUGCUGCUGCAGAUGGUGCUGACCUGAUAAAAGCUAAUCAGCUAAAUGCAAGGAAAAAGCGGUUACGUUUUCAAAGAAGUAAGAUACAUGAUUGGGGUCUUGUUGCACUUGAGCCAAUUGAAGCAGAAGAUUUUGUUAUUGAAUAUGUCGGAGAAUUAAUUCGUUCUCGAAUUUCUGAUAUCCGGGAACAACAUUAUGAGAGGAUGGGAAUUGGUAGUAGUUAUCUUUUCAGAUUGGAUGAUGGUUAUGUGGUUGAUGCAACAAAGCGUGGGGGAAUUGCUAGGUUUAUAAACCAUUCAUGUGAGCCUAAUUGUUAUACUAAAGUUAUAAGUGUGGAUGGUCAGAAAAAGAUAUUUAUUUAUGCAAAAAGGGCCAUAGUGACAGGAGAAGAAAUUACAUACAAUUAUAAGUUCCCAUUGGAAGAGAAAAAGAUCCCCUGCAACUGUGGCUCUAGAAGAUGCCGUGGAUCAAUGAACUGACAAUUUACAAGCCGGUGAUAAUUCUUUUUUUGUUAGAAGUAGAAGAUGGACAACCGAUUCAUGUGCAUAUAUGUCUCGGUUGCAGAUGAGUUUCUCUUCUUAAUUUCUGUAAAUAUAGUCAGUCAAGUCAAAUUCUUUGGUCAAUUAAUUUUGUGUUUAUAUAUUUACACUCUAAUACCAUUUUGUACAGACAUGCCUCAAAAAAUGACUCAUCACAUCACAGUUGAUACGAAAUAUAAUCUCUUUAGAUGAUUCAACUCUUUGUUUUUUGUAUGCUUGUUUUUUUGGGAGUGGAUGACAUGUAUAUAACUAGAUAAAUUUUGUGGUAGGAUGAGAAUAAAACAAAGAAAUCGCUAUAAUAUUCUCAAACUAAAAAGCUACCAUUGAGUUUAUUUCUAAUCGGACAACCUUUUUCAUUCAAGUGGGCUUUCAUAUGUUGUUCAUGAUUAAGUUCAUUUCCAUCACAUGCCAGCUUAUCAAAGCCCCAAAAUGAUUAUUAAAGAAAACAAUAUAAAAUUCCUUCGUUAUUUCACCAUCUUUUUGUCUUUACUAAAAAAUUAGUGUAUCCCAAAUAAAUCUGAGAACGUUCUUUUCUUGAAUAGUUUUUGGUGAAAGCAGAAGUGCAAAUAAAGUAGUGAUGUUUUUUAUUUACCAGCGUGAGCAAGUUGUUGUUUGAUGUGAUUGUAAUUCCUAGUUUUUUCUUUUUGUUUGCUUGAAUUUUUUUAGGCGGACACGUAAAAUUGGUUUCAUUUCAACCUUCGGGGGCAAAGUAACCAACCAACCAACCAACCGUCUGGUAUGAUUACUCAUUUCUCUUGCAACAUUUUUUUUCCAUCCUCUCCUAGUAUAUUAUGCUUCCCGAGGGUUACCCAUCUCUUCUUCACAAAAAAAAAAAAAAAUGAUAAAAACAACCAUGUGAGUGUAAAGAUUAAAACGCAACCACACGAAGGAUCAAUUUUGAUUUUGUUAUGCUUACAAGACAUGGCUUAAUGAGACGUGAUGAGCUUUUUUGGGAAAUUUUAUAUGAUGAGGACGACAAAUAUUUGUCCCAUAUGACAUGCUAUAGAGUAGACGAUGGGUGCAUAUUGUUGAGCAUGUCAACUAACUAACUAACUAACGACAUUGAUCAAUACAAGUUCAAGCCACGUGUGGGAUGGGAUGGGCCCAAGUAUAUAUUAUUUCUUUUGAAUUUGAAUUGGCUAAAGAAACGUGAGUGGAAUCUAUGACUCUACUAACUCGGUCCUUACAAGAAGAUAAGGAAUGGUUAUUAAUUUGUGUAUUUAUUUUCUCAUCCAAACAACAAAACAAAACAAAACGAUGAUUACUUACGGAAUGGCAAUACAAAAACAAAACAAAACAAAUGGGAAGAAUUAGUGGAGUGAAUAAGCUUCCUUGCCUUGGUAUUAUUAGAGACUGAUUUUGAAAAUUUUGUAUUUGUAUAUAUGCUUAAAAGUAACCAAACCUAAUGGAUCCGAUCCGACCUUAGCUCAAAUGGAAGAGUAGAAGGAUAACUUUGAUGAGUAAAAUCUGAAUAUGUUCUCAUUCUUGUAAUCCUUUU